AUGCAUCCCCCGCCUCCGGGCCCGCUGGGCGACUGCCUACGGGACUGGGAGGAGCUGCAGCAGGACUUCCACGGCAUCCAGGAGACCCACCGGCUGUACCGCCUGAAGCUGGAGGAGCUGACCAAGCUGCAGAACACCUGUACUAGCUCCAUCACUCGGCAGAAGAAACGGCUCCAGGAGCUGGCCCUGGUCCUGAAGAAAUGCAAACCCUCCCUCCCGUCAGAGGCCGAGGAAGCCGCGCAGGAGCUGGAAAAUCAGAUCAAGGAGCGACAGGGCCUUUUCUUCGAUAUGGAGGCCUACUUGCCCAAGAAGAAUGGGUUGUAUCUGAGCCUGGUCCUGGGCAACGUCAACGUGACACUCCUGAGCAAGCAGGCUAAGUUUGCCUACAAAGACGAGUACGAGAAGUUCAAGCUCUACCUCACCAUCAUCCUCAUUCUCAUCUCCUUCACCUGCCGCUUCCUCCUCAACUCCAGGGUGACAGACGCUGCCUUCAACUUUCUGCUGGUGUGGUAUUACUGCACCCUGACCAUCCGUGAAAGCAUCCUCAUUAACAAUGGCUCCAGGAUCAAAGGCUGGUGGGUCUUCCAUCACUAUGUGUCCACGUUCCUGUCGGGAGUCAUGCUGACAUGGCCCGACGGGCUCAUGUACCAGAAGUUCCGGAACCAGUUCCUGUCCUUCUCCAUGUACCAGAGUUUUGUGCAGUUCCUCCAGUAUUACUACCAGAGCGGCUGUCUGUACCGCCUGCGGGCCCUGGGCGAGCGGCACACCAUGGACCUCACUGUGGAAGGCUUCCAGUCCUGGAUGUGGCGGGGCCUCACGUUCCUGCUGCCCUUCCUCUUCUUCGGACACUUCUGGCAGCUUUUUAAUGCACUGACGUUGUUCAACCUGGCCCGGGACCCCGAGUGCAAGGAGUGGCAGGUGCUCAUGUGCGGCUUCCCCUUCCUCCUCCUCUUCCUUGGCAAUUUCUUCACCACCCUGCGGGUCGUGCACCAGAAAUUCCACAACCAGCUGCAUGGGAGCAAGAAAGAAUGA